AUGGCAUCCCGACGGCUCGCGUUCAACUUGCAGCAGGCCAUGCGCAGCCGCGCGGCCCUGAGCUCCGUCCGGUCGCCGUUGACAAGAGGCCUGGCUACUCCGAUCAGCUACGGCGCGAAGACGGAGACCACCACCCUCAGCAACGGUUUCACGAUUGCUACCGAGCACUCGCCCUGGGCUCAGACCUCGACCGUUGGCGUGUGGAUCGACGCCGGCAGCCGCGCCGAGACGGACAAGACCAAUGGCACCGCGCACUUCCUGGAGCACCUUGCCUUCAAGGGCACCCAGAAGCGCACCCAGCAGCAGCUCGAGCUCGAGAUCGAGAACAUGGGUGGUCACCUCAACGCCUACACUUCGCGCGAGAACACCGUCUACUACGCCAAGUCCUUCAACUCCGACGUCCCGAACACCGUCGACAUUCUGGCCGACAUUCUCCAGAACUCCAAGCUCGAGAGCUCCGCCAUUGAGCGCGAGCGUGAUGUCAUCCUCCGUGAGCAGGAGGAGGUCGACAAGCAGCUCGAGGAGGUUGUUUUCGACCACCUCCACGCCACCGCGUACCAGGGCCAGCCGCUCGGCCGCACCAUUCUCGGACCCAAGGAGAACAUCCAGUCCAUCCAGCGUGACGACCUCGAGAGCUACAUCAAGACCAACUACACUGCUGACCGCAUGGUCCUCGUUGGUGCUGGUGGCAUCCCCCACGCCCAGCUCGUCGAGCUUGCCGAGAAGCACUUCGCCGGCCUCCCCACCGCUCCUCCGGCUGGUCUUUCCUCGAUCGCCGCCGCUCAGAAGGCCAAGCCCGACUUCAUCGGCUCCGAAGUCAGGAUCCGUGACGAUACCAUGCCCACUGCCAACAUCGCCAUCGCCGUCGAGGGUGUUAGCUGGAAGGACGACGACUACUUCACCGCGCUCGUCGCUCAGGCCAUUGUUGGCAACUGGGACCGCGCCAUGGGCAGCUCCCCCUACCUUGGCAGCAAGCUCAGCACCUUCGUUCACAACAACAACCUUGCCAACAGCUUCAUGAGCUUCUCGACCAGCUACAGCGACACUGGUCUCUGGGGUAUCUACCUCGUCACUGACGCCGUCACCCGCAUCGACGACCUUGUCCACUUCACUCUCCGCGAGUGGUCUCGCCUGUCCUUCAACGUCUCCGAGGCCGAGACCGAGCGUGCUAAGGCUCAGCUGAAGGCUUCCAUCCUUCUUUCGCUGGACGGUACUACCGCAACUGCCGAGGACAUUGGCCGCCAGAUUAUCACCACCGGCCGCCGUCUUGCUCCCGAGGAGGUUGAGCGCGUUGUUGGCGCCAUCACCGAGAAGGACGUUAUGGAGUUCGCGCAAAGAAAGCUCUGGGACCGCGAUAUUGCCAUCAGCGCUGUCGGCCAGAUCGAGGGUCUGCUGGACUACUCCAGGAUCAGGAACGAUAUGAGCAGGAUGGCGAGCUAG